AUGAGACAAUACAAUGAGAAUUCAGAAAUGAGAAAUUUCACUACAAGUUUAGAAUAUGGAGUUGCUCAUAAUACUGCCAAAUCAACAUCAUUAGAUAAUUUACCAGCUAAAAGAAAAGUAAAUUUAGGACUUAGUAUUAUCAUUAAUUUAGAAAAACUUGAAGAGGAAGAAAGCUUGUUUGAAGACUUUUUCUUUUCUCAUAUAAAUUUGAUUGAAUGUCAUAUGCAUAAAUUAAAGCAGAUUGUAACUGAUGCUUAUUUUCAAGGAAAAAAUUUUAUUGAUAAUAUAUAUAAGGGCUUUGAGAUUUUGAAAACACUACAAGAUUUAUAUGCAGCACCUAGACUUCAGUUUCCAAUGUGGUUGACAAUAAUGACCUCUGUAGAUGAUUUACAAACAAAAUAUAGUCAAUUAGUUGAAGAAUUUGUUUCUUUAUUAGAAGAUUUUGAUACUAAGAACACAAAUUUUUUUUGUAUCAACUUUGCUGACAGCAGUUCUUACAUAUCAUUUAUCUUGGGUGUCAACAGUAGUUCCUUCAAAAGUUUAUUCUCAUCAAAAUUUUCAUCAGAAGAACAAAUCUAA